AUGGCUUUUCCCUCAGUCGGUCUGCUUAAUCUCUGAAACAAAUGAAGAUCAGCUGAUUCAAAAAUUCUCGCGAGAAGAAAAGAGAAGCCCUAAUUCUAUUUUCAUUCGAUUAUUCGCUUUGCUUUAUCACGGGGAUCGUUUUUUCGUAGUUGACGGUUACAAUGGAAGAGCAUACGGGCCGUGAUUUGAUAAGCGAACUGCCUCAAGGCAUUAUAGAAACCAUACUCACAAAGCUCCCAAUCGGCGACGCGGUAAGAACGAGCGUGCUAUCGACCAGGUGGAGGAACAAAUGGGCUCUGCUGACUCAUCUAGUAUUCAACGACAGAAGCGCAAUCCAAUUCCACGACAUAACUGCCUUGCAGCACAUAAUCGUCAAUUUCGUUACGAGAUUUUUGUUCCUCCACGACGGGCCGAUUCACAAGUUCUCUCUCUGCACCUCGUAUCUGCAGAGCUCUCCGGAUAUCGACCAGUGGCUCCUCUUCAUCUCGCGAAAAGACGUCAAGGAGUUGAUUCUUGAAUUAGGAGAAGGCGAGUGGUUCAGGGCGCCAUCGAGUGUGUUUUCUUGCAAGAACUUGACCCGUUUGGAGCUCGUUCGGUGCGAAUUGGACCCCCCUCCGAAUUUUAAGGGUUUCUUGUUUUUGAAGUACCUCAGCCUUCAGCAAGUUUUGAUUCCACCGGACGAUGUUGAGCGUCUGAUUUCGAGUUGCCCGCUCCUCGAAAGUCUCACUUUGUCAUACUUUGACAGCUUGGAGCUGACUGUGCGGGCCCCGAAUCUCAAGUACUUGAUUUUGGAAGGCGAGUUUAAGGAUUUGUGCCUUGCUAAUACGCCGCUUUUGGUUGCUAUUUCCGUUGCUAUGUACAUGACCGAUGACAUUGCGGAGCACUUCGAGCAAAGCUCGAGCUGCAAUUUUGACAAGCUUCUUGGCGGUGUUCCCAAUCUCGAGAGGCUUAUUGGGCAUAUAUACUUCACUAAGUAUCUGAGCAUAGGUAAUGGCAGAGGAAGAAGCCGGAUAACCUAUAACCAAUUAAAGUUUAUCGAGUUAUAUCAAGUUAGCUUCGACGACAUGAAAGAAGUUCUCGUUGUGCUUCAGCUGAUUAUGCAUUCUCCGAAUUUGAAAGCACUCCAAAUCUCCGGUUCCUCAAACACGUCUGGUACGAUGCGGAGUCCUGAUUCGGAAAUAUGGGACGAGAAAUUCUCAAUCGAUUGCACAUUUCACAAGCUGAAAACCGUGAAGUUGACCGAUGUUUCUGGUGUGCCACAUGAAAUGAAGUUUAUCAAGUAUCUACUCGAACGCACGCCUGGUCUUGAAGAAAUGAGUAUUACGCCUGGUUUGUACGUGACGGAUAAGAGAUUGAAUAUGUUGAUUGAUUUGGUGAGUUUUCGAAGAGCUUCUCCACAAGCAUCGAUCGUUUUUAUUCACGAACCAGUAUGACAAUUUUUUCAAUGAUUCUUAGUAUUUCUUAAAAAUCAUUUAUGUAUGUUGUACUCUUUACGAAACGGGAUGUACCAAAAUAAACCCUUUUGGUGUUUGAGUUGAAGGCUUCAUUUCGAUACAAGGAAUUUGUAGUAGUGGAUUUUAAAUCGAUAUAACAAAGUCAUUGAGGUUAUAUGCUCUUGUUUUUUA